AUGAACGCCGCUCGCAAGGAAGAGAUAAUCCGCAUCGCCCGCCAAAUCAGUCGCCAGUCCCUCCAACUUAAGGACAUUGUCGAAAACGUCGUGAGGAGAUCGAGCGCCUCCGCGUCCGAGCCUGCGUCGCAGUUUCGAGCGAGCCAAUAUCAGCAGCAACCUCAGGUGAGGCGUACAGCCUCCUCUAAGGUCCAGUUGAGCGGUAGUUCGCGAGAUGCCAUCAGGGUCGAAUCCCAAAUCCUUACCGAGUCCAGCAGCUCAAACGAUGGCGUCAAGAUACCCACCACGACCCACAUCUCAACGAGGCUGGUACCGGAACCUCCACCGCCACCUCCAGAAAAGGAACCCGAACACCCUAGACCCUACGAGGAUGACCCCAUCUGGGAGGUCUGGGAGAGCAACAUGCUUCGACUCAUCCAGCUUCUCAAGAUGCUCUUACUAGAGCUAAAGAACGUCUCAGACUACACCCAGAUAGACACGCCAGCGGAGGUCUCUAUAACAGACUCCCUUUUGGCCAACAAGUACAUGGCCAGCAGGAUCAUAGGAGGCUUCCACAACAGAGAGCAGGUCUCUCAGGCCGUGAACAAUCCGCCGCCCAAGCCGUCCGCGCCGAAGGUUGAAGAGAUGCCAGAACAGAGGCCAGAACAGAUAGACCUGGGUACCUAUUUUAAGAAAUUGGCCAUCCAGAUGGACGCUUUGACAAAAUCUCUCAAGUCAAAUCCGUCUCCGCCUCACGCAGGCGCUCCGACGCAGGCCAGGCUGAUUCCCCUUGAAGAGCGAGUAGGCCGCCUCGCUCACAACCUGGCCGGCGUCUCGAAAGCCAUCGCGAAGCCCGUCGAAGAUCCCCAGCUACAGGCGCAGUUUAUGCAGAACCGGAACAACGUGUCCUUCUUGUUGGAAAGGUCGGACUCGUCCUCAGUGCCGAGCAUGGACAUCGCCGGAAACACGAUAUCCAGCCGCCUUCGUGAGAACGUGAAGUCUUUGAUCGACUACAUGAAGCUGGUAAACAUUGAGCUCAAGAACGCGGUGGGCAUCAAGCCCCCUCCUCCCAGGAUGCCCAUCGCCGAAGAAGAGGAAAUACGAGACGCCAUUCAAAAUCUCUGCCGGAACAUGAAUCGGAUGUCCAAAGACCUGCGCUGUAUUUUGGACGAAAACACCAGCGUCGCCGGAAGUAGACUUGUUGAUGACUUAAAAGAGCCGGUCGCUAGGCGUCGUAGGAGAAGGCGUCGAUAA